ACCAAACAGUCAACCGUUACAUCUCAAAAAUUUUCUGUGCUUAAUUUCAGGUCAUAUCAUGUAUGGCGCAAAAUCUAAUGUUACUGGACUUGGCAUUAGCUGUUGGCUUCGCAACUAUAAUAAUCCCUGAUCUGCUUGACUCAAAAAAUGAACUAUCUAUGAAUGAUGUAGAAGCUUCAUGGUUCGGUAAGACACAAAACAAAUGUACAAAUGUAGUUAUAGUAUCUUAGUAGGUACACACAAAACCUCCGAGGUCUAUCAAUCCGAUCAAUAAUCUAGAUUUUUCUUUUUAUUACAAUACUUAGUAUUUAAAUAAAAGCUUUAUAUCCUGUUUGGGAUGCGACAAAUGUGAUUUUGUCGAAUAUUUAUUUGUUUUCAUUGGAAAAAUGGCCAAUAAAAAGAACAAACAGUACGCUUUUUGCUUAUUAUCCGAUAUUAAGCACCCUAAAGGAUAACAGUCCCAAGGUUGCAUGUAAUAAUUAACAGCUAUGUAAAUAAUACAUGUAUGUAAAUAUAUUUCUAUUUGUUUCUGUUCCAGGUAGCGUAGGAUUUCUCUUGCAGCCGUUCGGGGCUAUACUCUCUGCUCCUUUUGUAGACCACUUCGGUAGAAAGUAUACCAGUUUCAUGGUGAACAUACCUCACGUAGUCGCAUGGAUCCUGAUGUACUUUGCUUCGACUGUUACCAUGUUGUUUGCGGCCAAUGCACUUCUAGGAUUCGGAACUGGAUUAAUGGAAGCACCUCUCAAUGCAUACGUUGGAGAGAUCACGGAGCCUUCGCUUCGAGGAAUGCUAUGUACUAGCACACAAAUGUUUUAUAGUGCUGGAGUUCUACUCAUGUUUUUCUUAGGAAAAAUAAUGAACUGGCGGGAAGCUGCAUUAGUUAGCUUAGCAGCUCCAGUUGUAUCUAUGGUGUUUAUUAUCUUGGUUCCAGAGACUCCAGUGUGGCUUUUAUCGCGUGGGAGAGAGAAGGAAGCUCUCAAGUCUCUAUGCUACCUCCGAGGAUGGACGACACCAGACAAUGUUCGUGAUGAGUUCGAUCAGUUAACCGUCUACUGCAAGAAACUAGAAUGCUGCGCCAUCUGCUGUAAGACUGACGAUGAUGAAAUUAUAGAUUGCGAACACAAGAAGGCGAAUGUCUUUAAGAGGAUCUACUUGAAAUUCAGAUAUGUAAUGAUAGCCAAGGAGACACUCAGACCUUUUGUACUGAUGAUUAUGUACUUCCUAUUUAUUAGUAUGACCGGUCUAACGCCGAUCCGGCCGAAUAUGAUCAACAUCUGUGAUGCUUUCGGCAUGGCUGAUGGAGGGAAAAAUAUUGCGGUAAAUAGAAUUAUUAUUUUUACAAGUUUUUAGUUAGUGUGAGUCAGAUAUUGCAAAGCUAAAAACUAUUUAUUUUCAAAACGGUUUUCGAUGGUGCUGAAAUUUUAAAAUACUCGU